ACAAAGUAGUCGAAUGGGGCCGGCCGGCGUAGACGUAUUCGGGUCGGUCCCGCCGACGAAUAGGAAAAUUUCAAUUUUGGUACCAACUGUAUCAGUAUAUAAGAGGGGAUAGUAUCAGAUAUUCUCUCUUUGUUGAUCAUUUCUGAAAGUACCGUUUACUUGCAUUGAUAUGGCAGGGAGUGGGGAGAAAUCAAAGAAGUUGCAGCUCUACUCAUAUUGGAGGAGUUCAUGUGCAUUUCGUGUCCGAAUAGCUCUCAAUUUGAAAGGAUUGGAUUAUGAGUAUAAAGCUGUUAACUUGCUUAAAGGAGAACAAAGGGACCCUGAAUACUUGAAGUUGAAUCCCCUUGGAUAUGUGCCCACGUUGGUGGAUGGAGAUGCAAUAAUUGCCGACUCUUUUGCUAUCAUAAUGUAUCUGGAAGAGAAGUAUCCCCAGCGAGCAUUGUUGCCCCAGGAUCUUCAGAAAAGAGCAAUCAACUAUCAGGCUGCAAACAUUGUUUCGGCAAACAUUCAGCCUCUACAGAAUCUUGCUGUACUUAAGUACAUCCACGAAAAAGUUGGCCCUAAUGAGACAAUUCCUUGGGUUCAAAGUCAUAUAAGAAAAGGCUUUGAAGCACUUGAAAAGCUACUUAAAGAUUAUGCUGGAAAGUAUGCAACAGGAGAUGAAGUUUACAUGGCCGACUUGUUUCUGGCACCUCAGAUCCAUGCGGUAAUCAAGCGUUUUGAAGUUGACAUGAAUCAAUUCCCUACUCUGUUGAGGGUAUUUGAGGCUUACCAAGAGCUGCCCGCUUUCCAGGAUGCUAUGCCAGAAAAGCAGCCUGAUGCCACAGGCUGAGGCAAGAAUCUGAGGUUCCAUUUGUGUAUCACAUACUAAUUAGUAUUUCAAUAAACAGGCCAUCCAUCUCCUUUAAAGUUCCCUUGUCAAACCAUUGACAUAACUACUGGACUUGCUGCACAUUCUAUUUCUGAAGGCACUUGCCUUUUGUAAAUUUACGAUGAAUAAAUGUAGAGCUUUGUAGCACUUCAGUUAUGGCACAGUCAUGAGCACUGAAGUACAGAUAGUGAAAAUGGUGUUGUACCUAUGUUAAGGAGCCUAGGAUGAACAUUCCUCAUAUUAUAAAGUUGUCUGCAUGUUGAAAAGA